UCUCUCAGGCUCUCUGCAAGCGAGCAGGAUGCUGCGGAGGACGCUGCCGGCGUUGCGCUCGGCGAAGGAUGGCGUGGCAGGCGCGGCUCGGCAGGCCGGCGGCAAGGGAGACACGCACUUCCCGUCGCUGCGUGGACACCCGGCCGCGCGCGCCAACGCCCGCGAGGCCGCCGAGGGGCAGGCGCGGCUGUCGGCGGCGGAGGAGGAGCGCGGGCGCGGCGGCAGGCCGCCGACCACGGUGAAGGAGUUCCAGGUGUACCGGUGGAACCCGGACUCGCCGGCGGGGCGGCCGUUCCUGCAGUCCUACCUGGUGGACCUGGCCAGCUGCGGGCCCAUGGUGCUGGACGUGCUGCAGAAGAUCAAGGCGGAGCAGGACCCGACGCUGGCGUUCCGGCGGUCGUGCCGGGAGGGCAUCUGCGGGUCGUGCGCGAUGAGCGUCGACGGCGUGAACACGGUGGCGUGCCUCAAGCCCGUGGACGCGGACGCGUCGCGGCCGAGCAUGGUCACGCCGCUGCCGCACAUGUACGUGGUCAAGGACCUGGUCGUGGACCUCACCGCCUUCUACCAGCAGUACAAGUCCGUCGAGCCGUGGCUCAAGACCAGGGGCCCGCCGCCCAAGGACCGCGAGCACCCGCAGUCGCCGGCGCAGCGGAAGAGGCUGGACGGGCUGUACGAGUGCAUCCUGUGCGCGUGCUGCAGCACGGCGUGCCCGUCCUACUGGUGGAACUCGGAGGCGUUCCUGGGCCCCGCCGCGCUGCUGCACGCCUACCGCUGGGUCUCCGACAGCCGGGACCACUACGGCGAGCAGCGGGUGCAGUCGCUGUCGGAAGGCUGGGACAAGAUGUACAGGUGCAGGAUGAUCAAGAGCUGCACGGCGACGUGCCCCAAGAGCCUCGACCCCGCCGCGGCCAUCUCGGCCAUGAAGGCAUUGCACCAGCUCCGAAAGGCCUGACUAGUCAGGAGACAGCCCUGAAACACGGACAACGUGUGUGUUCAUCUGGGAACAAAAAUGUUUCGCGUUACCGAAUUUCAUUACUACGUACCUGCACAGUUAGGGCUUGUUCGAUUCUACCCCAAUCCAUAUGGAUUGAGGGGGUUUCAAUCCCUAGCAAGUCAAAAUCCCUCACAAUCCGUAUCAAUCCCCUUCAAUCCAUAUGGAUUGAAAAUAACCGAACAAGCCCUUACUGGGAAACAACAAAUUUUAUUUCGGUGGUAGUA